AUGGCAUCUCCAAGCUCCCAACCGCCCAUGCGGCCCAUAGACCCCCAGCCGAUGCUAUCGCCAUCUAAUGCUCCGUACUUCCCGCCUCCUCAUGCCGGACUACACGGUCCUCCGGGCCCUCCUCCGCCAGGGCCAGGUCAGGGCUUCGCCUUGCAACUCGGGCCCGACUCCCAGAUACCAGAUCAUCCCGGAAGCACAAUGGACAUCCCGACCGUGCCAGGGCAUACCUUGACUCCCAUGGCCCCUCCCGUACCGUUGGAUAUUCGCAACGUCAAGGCCAGCGCGCGGUUUCACCUCCGUGAGUUCCUACGUGUCCGGAGCCAGCUACAAGAAGGUGGCGGCGCAGCGAGAUUCGAGCUUGAAUCCCGCCUCAGGAGCCAGGUUGGUCUGGCACUGGGCGACCUGAGCACCUUGCAAGCCGAAGUGAGAGCUCUCGCCAAAGCUGCUGAGAAUCAUCGGUGGAGAAGAUUCCUUGUCGGAGGCGCAAUCGCGGCAUUCAUCCCCGCCGUCCGUAAAAUCUUCCGCCGCAACUCGGAUGAAGAUUCACGGCUUUCGUCCAACGACACCGAGUACGCCUUUCGCAAAUCCAAGGGCUUACUGUCCGGGAUGAAGAGGGCCAUUCUGGGCGGAGGCAUGCUUGCCAAGGUGGCGUUUUUCGUCUUUGCCAUUUUGUAUGUGUUUCAGAAUGAAGUGACCAUCAGAGUGGCCAAGACCUUGAACAAGAGGUUGAGGGAGUUGACCGAGAGGGUCGAAGGGGGAGAUCCCGACUUCAAUGAAAGUGAUUUGAGGACCUUUGACGGGUGGCGAUGGAGGGUGCUGUUGUGGUGA